AUGUCGACUUAUGUGUUAAGAGUUCUUCCAAAGCCGUCACGUAUUCCAGCGCACCAAAUCGCAGCUAUGGCCCCGAUCGACAUUGUCUCUCCACCAAGUUACCUUCCGUUAGCAACUUCAGCCGCGCAUCUCUUCGGAUUAGGUUGGCUGUCAGUAGUCGCAGCUCGAACAAUAUAUCGGUCAUAUGUUGCUCUUCCACCUUCUUCUGCAACUAGACAUCGUGAACCCUCGCGUCGAGGUCAUGUCCAUACAUUCACGGCUUUAGCUGUCAUUAGCCUGGCUGUAGGAGGAUUCUUUGCGGCUACUUUUAGUGGGCUCUCAUAUCGUAUAUGGGCUGCUCAGCGAGGUAUUGAGCUUCCCGAGAGUGUAUUCGGGGACAAGGGUGCUCUUCGUGGAGGGGAACAUCCGGGAAGAUUGCACCUCGCCAGAUGGCUUAACGACGUCCUAUUCUACCAAGAUGCUCUCGAGAUCGUUGCAGAGAAACAUCGCCAUUUCUGGUGGGGCCAACAGGUCAAUCUCGGCCUUGUCUCUUGGAGUGUGUAUGUCGCGGUAGAGGGACGGAGACGAAAUAUAUCAAAUCUCUGGACUUUCCUGGCUCUGGCACAACUUGUCAAUCUGUCUUACGCUCAGAACCUCUUCUUUAUUGCCGUCUUGCUCACCCCAGUUCCUCUUCCCGAGAAUGUCUCAGAACUGACCAGAGACUCUGUGCCAGCUACGUCAACGAGGUACUCUCAUUUUGUCAAGAGGUUUGCCAAGCCAGAUGGAUUCCUACCAAGACCAGCUCUCUACAUCGUUCUACUCGUCGCAAAUUUCACGAGUAUCUUCCUCAUACCAUUUGCGGCGAAUACGCCUUCAUUUAUGACCGUAUCAAUAGCCUCCCGAGUCAUACCUUUCUCAUUCCUGUUGCUGCCAUAUAUCAUUCCAAAUAGCUUCGGAACGAUUCACACGCAUCCACAUUCAGCUCAAUCUACCUACACCACUCUCUUCCGAACCAUUUCAGUCAUUGCCGCAGCGCUUCACCUAAAGAGUACGAUUAUUGCCCUCGUUUCAAACACGCCAGAGAGAUAUGCCUACAGACAUAGUCUUCUUCACCCCUUCCAGGAAGAGAAAUUGACGACACUUGACCGCGGCUCCACCGCCCUAGGUCGAUUAUUCGGUGCCAUUGGGGAGCACCCGGCUGUGAGUGCGGUAGGAUGGGAUGUCAUUAUGAGCGGUCUUAGUCUUGGGAUCUGGGCUGGAAUCCGUGCUCUUGAUGCAUGGGAGAUGCUCGAUUCGAGUGCAGUAUUCAUGAAAAGCACAGCCAAGGCAGUUGAGGGUACGAGUGAGCCAAAUUUGAAACAAGAGAUUGUGGAAACCACUGAAAAUAUUGUCGAAGCAACCCUUUCACGCCGCGGUCCUGGACGCCCAAGGAAGACUGAGAAGGUUGAGGACACGGACGACGCAAGCUCUGUUGUUUCCUUGCCUAGGCGUCGCGGCAGGCCAUCGAAGAAAGCGGUUGAGAAUCAUGCCGAUGCCACGUACAAGCCAGCGGGGGGUGAUCAAUUAGAGGAAGGUGAUGAGGAUGUACAAGAGGAUUGGGAAUCUGCUACAAUGGCUUGGGGCAUGAUCAUUACUGGUGGCUUGGGCACAGGGAGUGCGGGGAUUUUUGGUGCGGAUAUGAAGGCGAGAUGA